GCUUCGAAGGCGCAGACAGGACUCAGAUUGUUCGAGACGGCUAAAUACCUGGAGGCAGAAAGGGUGUCGACAAACGCUCUUCGCCCAAGCACAGCACAAUUGCUCAUCCACACUAUCGAUCCUCACAACAACAAUAGCAAAUAUCAUACGAUCCCAUGGAUGCAGACUAUCUUCUCGACGACAAGUAUGAUGGCUACGACUGGUCCCGAUACACGUGGGAUCCCGCCACGAUAACCCAAUACAAAUGGGACCCCGUCACAACAACACAAUACUUCAACCCCGUCAUCACUCAAUACGAUCUGCACCCUGCCACAACAGCUACCGCAAAGAGUGGCGGCACUGCCGAACACAUCAUCCUCUCAAUACUUAGCAGCGGCGCACUUGGUAUCCUCAUUGUCAUCUCCCGCGUCACCGGAUACGCAUGGAGUCACCACGUACUCUUCGGCCCAGUGCAAAAGCCUCAAACCAGUCAGAGCAGCGCCGAUACCGAAAGCAACAAUGAGGACACGCACGACAGCCCUCCGGCAUACAGCGCCAGUAACGAGGUCACUGCGCAUGAUACCAGCGCCAGCGCCGAAAACAGCAGCAAGGAUGAGUCUAAUGAUCCUCCGGCGUACAGUGGCAAUGGCAAUGCUACUCCAAAUGAACGCCCGGAGCUGUCGACGACAGAGAACACCAGAGCUUCUGAGACUUCUCCCCCUCCUCCUCGCAAGCGAGAAUUGCUCGCCUUAUUGUGGCUCCUCGUUGGUCUUGCAGCCUAUAUCGGACUGCACAUUUACUUCGCGAAAGCAAGUUUCGUGCAGGAACGAGGUCCUCAAUUCGUGGGGAAAGCGGCUCUGAUUGCAUUUGGUGUCGUGGUGGCAACGGAUUUCUUGCUGAUUGGUGUCUGCCUAACUGUGCGGUGCAUAAGGGGCACAUGUUUUGGGAAGCGGGGUGCUGUGUUUAGACGAUGAGAUGAGAUUGAGGAAGGCUUAGACUGGAGUGGAGCACUUCAGAGAUGCGGAAAGGGUUGAGGAUUGUGAGGCACAUGGAAUAGAUUUCGGCGAAGACGAGGCAAGGUGGUCGCUGAUCUCGUGUCGCACCCUUUGGAGAGGGCCGCCGCCGGGAGUUGUUUCCUUCGUGGCGACUGGCGCUUUUCUUCAAUUGUCAUAAGCGGCAUCGAACUUCUCAUAGCUCAACAUUGGGUCAACCGCUCCUUCAAGCUCUACAGAAUCGCUCACGCAGACCAUCAAGUACAAUACAAAACAAUGGCCGAA